AUGGACGUCUUUUCCUCACCUCUGCGGAUGAUUCCGCCCCUGACACCCCGUCGCGUUGCAUCGCCAGCCAUGUCACCAGCAACCAGAAGAGGCAGGGCGCACGGCAGCUCAGAAGAGAGCCGCCUCCGUGAUCUGUCGCCCGAAACCACCCUCCGCGCCUUUACGCAGAAGCCCAUGCCCUACGACACCACACGCGACGAAUACAAGAUCUUCUCCUGCAUCGAGACCCUCACCGCUGCCGAGAGGGACCUGGGAUCGCGCGUCGCAAAGGCAGCGCAGCGGCUGAAGAUAUGGUGCGCCGAGAUUGAGCAAUGGGGCUGGUCGGGCAGCUUCGAGCAGCCGAGUGCCCAGUUCCGCGAACAGAGGAGGAAAAGCAUCGAGAUGCACAUCAGGGAGCACGUGGCCGAAUCCGACGGCGCCGAUGCCAUGCCGCCAUUGGAAUACUGGGGGUCGAUGCUGUCAGUCGAGGUGGAGCAACACGAGGCGCGGCUAGACGACAUCGCCGACGAGAUGCUGAAGCUAGAUGUCGAAGAGCUGAAGGAACAUGUGCUGGACAUGCACCCAGCAGGCAGGUCGAGACCGUCCUCUGCUGGUUACGAGGCCAACCGCCAACAUUACAAGCUCAUGGACGACUUCUCCUUUCUCAUCACCCAAACCCUCCUAUCCGCCCUACCGCAUCACGCCCAGCUCAAAGCCCGCCUGAGCACAUGGACUGCCCGCGUCUCCAUCCUCCGCGAAGCACCCCGCUACACCGGCGAGCUCGACACAGCGCAAGAAGCUAUGCGGUUAGGCUGGGAGGCCAUUGAGCCACCAGCAGAUACGUCCGAUGCCGCCUUCGAGCAGUGGAAGAGCGCCGUAGACACCAUCUCUCGAGUGCUUCAUCAAAAAGUCAGCGAUUUGGGUAGGCAACUGGACAAGAUGCUCGAUACGCUCGAAGGUCAGGAGGACUGCCUGCCAGACAACUGGAUAGACGUCUUUGAGACUACAGAGGCUGACUACGGACGCUGGAAACACGAAUCGAGAAGGAGGGUCAUCGACCUCGAAGUCCGAAGGCGGGCCGAGGGGUUUAAUGUCAUUGGCAAGGGCGGUACACACGAGACAUUACAACCCCCUGACCUUGCAUCUGAGCCUGGGCUACACCCGGACAACAACCCUGUGCAGUCUGCUUCUGCCCCCAGACCAGCCGCUGUUAAUGCUCGAAUCGAUUCUGUAGCGUCUGCUAACGAAGCAUCGCCAGAGGAAGCUGCUUCGCAGAAUAGCCAUCGAGUAGCUCCGCAUGACUACUUUGGUAGUAUACCUCAUCGGGUGAUGUUCUCUGGGGACUAUGCCCUCGACGCAUCCAACAGCAGCAAUUCAACACUCCACACCUCCAUCGGCUCCAACAACACACGUCAGGUAUCUGGAGAGACUGAGGCUACAGAAGUCGAGUUGCAACAAGGCAUCGCGCCAUCUGUUGACGAAGACUCGGAGUUUGAGGAAGGCGAUACCGUGGUACAAUACGAUCUCGACGAGAGUCCUGAAGACGUCGCCGCGCAGUCAGAGUCUGAAUCACUUUCAUCGGCCCCGACUGGAGUAGAUCAACCAUCCCAGGCAUCUUCACAAAGCCGACCCAAACCUCUGGCCCUUUUUGGUAACCCAACUAUCACCAAAAACGAUGGCCGGGACAGUCCCGUUAUGGAGCCGCCUCAAACACCACGCUCGUGGAGAGGUAGUUUGAGUUCGCUGUCAACAGACAUCUCACCAGACUCAAGCCCACCUAGCACCGUGGAGGAGUCUCCUUCAGUUCGAAACGCAACCAACCGCUCUAUGAGAGCACCGCGUCCCGAGCUCAAUGCAGCCAUGGCAAAGCGUCGACCUGUACAGACUACUACUACCACCACCGCAGACGAUACAGUGAGCGCACCAUGGCCGCCAACACAUUUCGCUCAGAAGUCCGCCAGCAGCGCGGAAGAGCUCGAGCGCAAGAUCUCUGAUAUCCUGACAACCAUUCCCGGCCGCAUUAGACUCAGAUCAGGUCCGGGUCCCGAUGCACCCGAAGUCAAGCCAGCCCGUGGCCUUCUAGCCAAGGGAAGUCGUGGAUACCUGCGCGCAGCUCGCUCAGUCAGUGGCCUCAAGUCUCCCGAGCUCACUCUGUCGCCUGCGAAGAGCGAGUUCGAUCUAAACAACACUGCAUCCGGACGGAGGUCUGCAGCGGCGGCAAGAGGCGAUAACGACAUCAAGUUGUAUCAUCUCACGCAACCUGGCAAAGAACAGCCCAUCAAGCUGUUCAUCCGCCGCGUUGGCGAGAAUGGUGAGCGUGUCAUGGUCCGCGUUGGUGGUGGUUGGUCUGAUUUGGGUGAGUAUCUGCGCCAAUACGCUGAGCACCACGGUCGCAGGACUGCAAGCGAAGGCAAAUUUGAGGUCCUAGGUCUCGAGGUGAAGAACCCCGAUGGUUCUCCCACCCGACCAGACAGCAGGGCGAGCAGAAUGGAGAGACGAAUCAGCGUCGGCUUUCCCUUGGCUAGUCCAAACACGACACCCGUCAAGUCAUCUGGUCUGAGCUACUUCACAAGCGACGAAGCGCCUCCACCGAUGCCUAGCUUCAUCACUGGAACACCAGGCGCUACUGAAGACCCGACUAUGCCUUCUUCGACCUCGUCCCGCAACUCUUGGCAAGGCAAAGAAGUCGGGCUCGCUGGCCCGAAAGCGAAGAAAUUGGACCUUAGUGGCGAGAAGCUGGAGUGGAUCGAAGGCAUGAUGAAGCAAGCUCGCACCGUGAGCAGUAACGUCAUCACUUCAAGCCAUCCGCCUUUCGAGCGGACGGAUAGCAUAAGUGACAUUCGCCCAAGUAGUGCUGUGGCUGGGAAAAAGACCGAGUUUGGUGAUCUCGGCAAGGUUGGUGCUACCAAGAGGGUCUUCAUGAAGGGUGGCAAGCCUGAUCACUAG